AUGGCGUGUACACUCCCUUCUUGUCAAUCUUCUACAACACACGAGUCUCUUGACACGACACAUGCUCUUACACAUUCGUCUACCACAGCCAAUCGUAUUGCAGCAUUUCCCAUAUGCGAGGUCUACACUCCAUUGUCUCAAGCAGCGUUCCAACCUUUUCACUCUAUUACAGCACACGCUCUUGCACAGUCGUCAUCACGACCAAACGUAACAGCAGUUGCUAUUACCAAAGUCUCCAUUGUCUCAAGUUACUUGAAGCAACCUGCCUUACAGCCUUUUUCACGUGAACAGCAUAUGGGAGCAGCUUUCUUAACGUGUAGCACCUUCCUUCGAUACCUAUGGAUUCCUAUGGAUGAUGCCAUACCCGCAAUCAGAGUCAGACCCCGCUGGGGCGAGGCGGUUCAUACCAAGGGUACUACCUCGUUCGGUAAACGUCAGACCAAGACGCACACCUUGUGCCGUCGUUGCGGCAACCGCUCUUACCACAAGCAAAAGAAGACUUGUGCCAGCUGUGGUUAUCCCGCUGCCAAGAUCCGCAAGUUCAACUGGUCUGAGAAGGCUAAGCGUAGAAAGACCACCGGUACUGGCCGCAUGAGCCACUUGAAGGUUGUCCACCGCCGUUUCCUUAACGGUUUCCGCGAGGGUUCCCAGCCCGCUAAGCGUGGUGGCAAGGCUGCAGAGGCUUCCGCUUAA